AUAAGGAGGACCAAAGCUACCUAGCACACUCCACACAACCCAAUAGAUAUCUAAGACACUCGAAGCAACCACUUAGUACUUACAAUGGUAAGAGCAAUUGUAAUGAUAUUACUCAUGGCCAUCGUGCUUGUUGCCACUACGCCGACGACACACGCCAUGGACAUCACAGAUAGGGACUUGGCGUCUGAGGAGUCCCAAUGGGCACUAUACGAGCGCUGGUGCAAGCAUCACAAUGUGGGAGACAAACUCAGUGACAAGGCUCGGCGCUUCAAAGUGUUCAAGGAGAACGCUCGCAUGAUCCAUGAAUUCAACCAAGGUGACGCACCCUACAAGCUGAGCCUCAACCUCUUCGGCGACAUGACUGAUGAAGAGGUUGACCACAUGUAUGGUCGCUGCUCCAACAUUAGGCCGGACGGCGGGAAGCGGAGCCAAGACCAGUUCACACACGAAGUUGUUGUCGCGCGUGACAACUUACCAAUGUAUGUGGACUGGCGCAUGACAGGCUACGACCAACGCCCGUCAGUUGUGACAAGCGUGAAGAGACAAGGAGGGUGCGGGUCUUGUUGGGCUUUUGCGGCGGCAGCAGCAGUGGAGGGCAUCAACUCCAUCAGGACGAGGAACCUGGUGUCAUUGUCAGCGCAACAGCUCGUAGACUGGGACAAGGGAAGUGGUGGUUGUGUUGGCGGCGGCGCACUAGUGGCCUUAAAAUACAUUUAUAAUCAUGGCGGCAUCACCACAAAGGCUAGCUACCCAUACGUUGCCUAUAAGCAUACCUACUGCUUGGUGUCGAAACGUAACCCUGUCAUCACCAUCGAUGGCAUCAAAGAGGUGCCGCAAAAGGAUGAGGUGGCAUUAAUGCAGGCGGUGGCAGCCCAACCCGUUGUUGUGGUGGUUGACCCGAACGCCUUCAGGCGCUAUGGAGGAGGCAUCUUUGUGGGUCCGUGUGGUACGGAUCGGACCCACUCAAUGUUGGUGGUGGGCUACGGCACCACCGAUGACCAUGACCCCAAAAGACGCAUAGAUUACUGGAUCAUAAAGAACUCAUAGGGGGCAAAACGGGGUGAAAAUGGCUACAUCCGCAUGGCGCGUGGAGCUGGUCCUACCAAGGAGGGCUUAUGUGGCAUACUGAUGGAAGCGUUUUACCCAGUGAAAAAUUAGUAUGAAACGUGGGAAUAAUAUCAUGAAAAUAAUUUA